AUGGCGUGCAUGAGGGCCUUUCCCGAGUGGCAAAUGCAGGAGAAGGACGAGGCGGCCUGUUCCCAUGAGGCUCAGGAACCCUGGGAGCAAGGGAACAGGACCCCUGAGUGGGGGCUGCGGGUGGGCGAGCAAGGGAACACACGCAUCUGCAUCUCUUCCUUCUGCGAAGUGUGUCCCUCUGACCCUGGCCCUGGUGUCCACAGAGCGAAUGUGGCGGACCUGCAGAAGAAGCUUGAGGAGCUGGAGCUGGACGAACAGCAGAAGAAGCGUCUAGAAGCCUUCCUCACCCAAAAGGCCAAGGUCGGCGAGCUUAAAGACGAUGACUUCGAAAGGCUCUCAGAGCUGGGAGCUGGCAAUGGCGGGGUGGUCACCAAAGUGCAGCACAGGCCCUCAGGCCUCAUCAUGGCCCGCAAGCUCAUCCACCUGGAGAUCAAGCCUGCCAUCCGGAACCAGAUCAUCCGAGAGCUACAGGUCCUGCAUGAGUGUAACUCCCCGUACAUCGUGGGCUUCUACGGGGCCUUCUACAGCGACGGCGAGAUCAGCAUCUGCAUGGAGCACAUGGACGGAGGCUCCCUGGACCAGGUGCUGAAAGAGGCCAAGCGGAUCCCAGAAGAAGUCCUGGGGAAGGUCAGCAUUGCGGUUCUCCGCGGCUUGGCAUACCUCCGGGAGAAACACCAGAUCAUGCACCGAGACGUGAAGCCCUCCAACAUCCUGGUCAACUCUCGGGGGGAGAUCAAGCUGUGCGACUUUGGGGUCAGCGGGCAGCUCAUCGACUCCAUGGCCAACUCCUUCGUGGGCACGCGCUCCUACAUGUCGCCGGAGCGCCUGCAGGGCACCCACUACUCAGUGCAGUCAGAUAUCUGGAGUAUGGGCCUGUCGCUGGUGGAGCUGUCCAUUGGGAGGUACCCCAUCCCCCCACCGGACGCCAAGGAGCUGGAAGCCAUCUUCGGCCGGCCAGUGGUCGAUGGGCCCGAAGGAGAGCCCCACAGCGUGUCCCCGCGGCCUCGGCCCCCUGGACGUCCCGUCAGUGGCCACGGGAUAGACAGCCGGCCCGCCAUGGCCAUCUUUGAACUGCUGGACUACAUUGUGAAUGAGCCUCCCCCAAAACUGCCCAGUGGUGUCUUCACCCAGGAUUUCCAGGAGUUUGUAAAUAAAUGCCUGAUCAAGAACCCAGCGGAGCGCGCCGACCUCAAGAUGCUGAUGAACCACCCCUUCAUCAAACGGUCUGAGGUGGAAGAAGUGGACUUCGCAGGCUGGUUGUGCCAGACGCUGCGGUUGAACCAGCCCAGCACGCCCACGCGCACGGCCGUGUGAGGGGGACGCCGGCCAGACACCCUUCCUGGCCCCAUCUGCCAGCCAGAGACAGGCCUGCCCCCCACGGAAGACGCCUGACCGCCCUGCACUCCCGCCAUUCACUGGCGUGUCGCGCCUGUGCUCGGGGGAAGGGAAGGGGGCGGCUCGCAGUCUUUGGGACCUGCUUACCUAAGUUUAAAACGGAAGAAAAAAACAAAAAAAAACCGGGAAAGAAAAAGCAAA